AUGGCUGAGGCAGGUUGCGACUGGAAUUACGAGAUGGUCACCGCCUUCUCCAUCACUGCUGCUCAUGACACAGUUGUGGUGUACAGACUGCCAUGGACUUGGAAGUGCAGUAAGCAGAUGAUGAAGUUCAUCCACGCAGGGCUGAAUGCUCUUGCAUUCAUCCUGGUGGUCAUUUCUGUGGUGGCUGUGUUUGAUUUUCACAAUGCAAAAAAUAUUCCCAACAUGUACAGCCUGCACAGCUGGGUGGGUCUGAACACUGUCUUACUCAACCCAGUACAGAUAGUUAUGGUUGUCGCUGUCUAUUUGAGACCUAUGGCUCCAGUGUACGUGCCUGCUGCUCUAAUGCCUGUACACAGCUACAGUGGCCUGUUCAUCUUCACCAGUGUGAUCACAGAAAAACUCAAAUUUGCACUGUAAGAGUUUGUUUCGUUUGCCAAAUGUAUAAAUGUAAAUAAGGACUCUCCAUCAGAGGUCGUUCUGGUUAAUGGUCUUGGGCUACUCAUUGCUGCGUUUGGUGCUCUUGUUGUUUGGAUUUCCACCCCAUCUUGGAAGAGGCCAAGGGAACAAAUUCCACUGAGACACGCAGUCGCAAUGGAAACAGAAGAGUCUGGAUGA